CCAUGAUUCCCCGCACAGUCUGCGGCUCAUUCAAAAAUGGAGGAGGGUGAGAGACAGUCAGAAAGUGAGCGCUGUUCAGCACCUUCCCAAACUUCUGACCAACAAACCACAACCGAGACCUCCAGUCAAAAAAGAGAAACUGACGAAGAUGAUAUCGAAACUAAGCUGGACAUCAGUUCGGAUAAGUUUGACCCUCUGCUCGUUUUGUAUUCCCCACAGGUGCAACUGCCUUACCCCAAUAUCAAGUGCUUUAAUAACAUCGCCGAAUAUGAGAGCUUCCUGAAAGGCGGCCGAGGUCGAGCGAAACCCGAAAAUGUCGAGAAAAGACUCAGAAAAGCACAGAAGGGUAAAGCAGACCCGGAGAGGAUAGAAAGGCUGAAGAGACUCAUGGUGAACAACCCGGUUGAGGAGGGAGAGGGAAGCGGAGUCAAACGGCCCCCUCGACAGCGAAAAACGGCUAAAAAUGUGCUUACCAGAAUGCCACUGCACACGGGCAGUCCAUUAGGACAGCUAAACAGAUGUGUUCAGGAGAAAAUCAGAGUCAAAGUUCACAUCCGGACCUUUAAAGGACUCCGGGGAGUGUGUUCUGGCUUUGUGGUGGCAUUUGAUAAGUUUUGGAACCUGGCAAUGGUGGAUGUAGACGAAACCUACAGGGAGCCACUUUUGGGACAAGCGCUCUAUCACGAGAAAGCGCUUACUGUCACAAGGCUAUUCGAAAAACUAAAAGUUCAAGAGACUGUGGCCCUCAGUGAGGUUGAGAGGAAGUCAGAGCUACAAAGUAGUUCAUCUCAUCUCAGGAGAACCGAUCCCAAACAUACCCAGGAGAGAUCUGAAUCUUCCGAGAAAGAGAAGACUACAUUAAAAGUGACACAAAAAUCUGAAACCAAGCCUAAAGUGGAGUAUGGAAGAGUGCACACACGUCAUGUCAAUCAGCUUUUUAUACGAGGAGAAAACAUUCUUCUUGUGAACAUACAGCAGGACUAAAUCCCAAGAUAACUACCCAGAUGAAAUAUUAACUUACUUUCUAUGGAGAUCAACCAGAAAGGUUUUGUUAAAUGAGUGUAUCAUAUUGAUAUGUAUAUCAACAGCUAAAAAAAAAAUAUGUUAAAAGCUGAGUAAACUUAACUAUUUUUUUGUGGUUGGUCGUUGUGUUUAAGUUAAAGGGAUAGUUCACCCAAAAAUGAUAAUUCUGUUAUUAUUUACUUAACCUCAUGUCAUUCCAAAUCCGUAGGACCUUUGUUCUUCUUCAGAACACAAAUUAAGAUAUUUUUAAAUUUCGUAGCUGCUUAACUUUAUGAUUGAACCACUAAUUCACAAGGACUAUUUUGUUGAGGUUCUUGGGAACUUUCUGGGCUAUGAACGUGAUGGUACCUUUGCUGCAGGGUCAGCUUUUGGAUUUCAUUAAAACUAUCUUAAUUUGUUUUCCAAAGAUGAGCAAAGGUCUAAUGAGUUUGGAAAGACAUGAGGGUGAGUAAUUAAUGACACAAUUUUCAUUUUUGGGUGAACUAUCCCUUUAAGGUCACGUACUCUGUUUGUGUUUGCUUUGUAUGACCACUAGGGGGAAGUAAGACACUGAUACACUGUAAGCAUUAAACAAUGCACAUUUAGUCUUAUUUUGUUACAUUUUAUAAACUAUCAAGGGAAAAAUAGCAAUAUAUUUACCAAGUUUUUGCCGAUAUUCCCUUCAACUGUCAACCCCACUAAAACGGCCAGCCAAUACAUACUCUUAUUUUCCUGUCAAACUGAAUUUUCUAUUAGACGUUUACCUCUUUCAGUGCAAAAAAAAAAAUGCAGUUGGGUCUCCAUGGAUUUCAAAAAACAGCAUAAAUGGGUUAAUUGAGCUUUUUGAGGCUGGAAAUUGCAUGUAGCACUCAAGGCUUUUUGUCUUGACGUGUUUGAGUGUUAUUUUUCCCUCACUGCAUAUAUUAGCCAUAUACACAUUACUUUCGUGAUGAAGAAUAUUUAUAUAAAAACACUUUCUCUUCAGAGAAGUGUCUUCCAUGUGAUUUACUCAAUCGUAUGUCCAUAACCACCUUAUUUUUCCGUAAGAGUGGACGCAGCCAUUUGUAAACUUCAUGGGACUGGCUUCCGGUCUCAUCCUCGUCCAGCAGGGUUGCCAAGUCCGGUUUUCCCGCGGAAUUGAACUACUUUAACACUGUUGCCGCGGGUUUAAGCGACCCUAAAACGUGAUAUUUAUCCCCUGGAAUC